UGUGUCGCUCACUGUACGCAAGACGAAUAACUUGCUGAAAGAUUUUUUUAUAAUAAAAUUAAAAUGAUGAAGAACGCUUUGAUUGUUUUUGUGGUGGCAAUAUUGAUUGGUGACAGUUUUCAGCAGCAAUCUGGCGCUCAAUCUGGGGCCAGUUCAGGAGGCGGUGCCGGGGGUAGCGCGGGGGGUAACGCGGGAGGAAGUGCUGGAGCCAGCGGGGGACUCGGUGACACUCUUGGCUCUUAUCUCCUGAUGAAAAGUGAUGAUCAGACCGAAGGAAGCGAGGAAGCCAGUGCCGGCAUGGGUUUCAACGCCGGAAUGGGCGGUAGUGCCGGCGGUAACGCCGGCGGAAGCGCCGGUAGCGGAGUGAGCGGUGGUUACGGAAAGAAGUAAACAUGGCGUCGCAUUAUAUCGCUUCUAAUAGUUCUAAUAAAGAAGGCCUAGGAUGCGUGCUGCGGUUACGUGAACAUACAGGGUGACUGGAAAUUAGAGGCGGAGCCGUUAAGGCCAGGUAGUCUAGAGUUAUUCUGACAUAUAUCACUAUGAGACCUUAUUUAACCCUUUCCAAGAUAUUCCUACUUAAAGAGUGUAAUCAAAAAUUUGCAAAUAGUAAUAAAAUCCUAAAAAAAUGUGAUUUUGGCCUACUUUGUUUUGUUUUGCAACAAGAUUUCUAAAUAAAUAAUAUUUAUUGUUAAAUCUUCGUAACUGUCAUUGUUUUACACAAAAACAUAAAUACGGACGAUUGGUCUCAUAGUGGUAUCUAUCAGAAUAACCUAGACUACCUCCCCUUAUCGGUUCCGUCACUAAUUUUCAGUCACCCUGUAUAUGGCGCCAUUUUAUCGAUAAAUCUAAACGUUUGUCGUCAUCAUUAUCAUCGAUAAGAUUUUAUCAUGGCGCGCAUUUUAGCCCGGUUGAACCCUAUUUUGCAAGACUUUUGGCUCUAUGUCCCUUUUGUAACUUGUUGUUGACAAGUAAGAAACUAAUAUUUACAUCAGCAUCAGACUCUACAUACAGUUGAUACUAUAAUAGUUAAUGAGAAUGCAUCAAAGACAGCCAGAACAUGCAAAUUUUGAAAAUAUUGAAAAUAAAAUACACAAAGCAUUUUAAAUUAUUCCAAAAACAUGAGAGCUAGAUCAGGGCUCGUUCCCAGAGUGCAAUGUAUUUGUGUGUUUAAAAGUGUGUUCUGUUGAUAAAAUUACAUAAUGUGUAUUGUGUACUGUACAACUGAAAUAAUGUAGAUAAUAGAGCAAUAAAAUACUUUAAAGAAAGAAUCUUAAAUGUUAUCACUGUUUUAAUCUCCUUGUUCCUUUGUGUGAAGAAAAUGAGAAUCUAACAAGAACACUAAAACCUAUUCAGUUGAUUAAUUAAUAUACAUUUUAAAUUGACCACUUUUACAGUAUUUGCGCUUAUCAGUUGGCGUCAUCCACCGUCAAAUAAAGUUCUGUAUUACGUGAGUGGCGCCAUCUAGCAAGUUCUAAUACAACAGCCAUUAAAAUAAAAAAUCAUGUUAAAUAAUUAAUAUCAAAUCAGAAUAGAUCACUAGUAACAAUUAAACAAAAUUUUAAAACCCAACUAGCACUGUUAAAGUGUGUACCAUAAUGGGAACGAGCUCUAACAAUGGCAUGUCUGUGAUCGCUAAGCGUUGACAGUGGACGGACACUCACUAGUCCACCUCACCCUCCUGACCCAUGCGGUCACUUCUGCACUCGGUCCGUGCUCUUGUGGUGAUAGAAAAACAAAAAAUAUUCGAUUUUA